AAAAGAUGGCGGACUGAGUCGUCCGUCAUCGCGUCGAAGACUGACUUUUAUAAAAGUCCGCUUUUGUCUUUGAUCUAACAUCUACUUCUUUAGUUAAAUAGACUCAUUGAAGAUGUUGUCUUUGGUCUAACAUCAACUACUUGAAUUAAAUACACUCAUUGUGUCACAUCGAAGCUCCUCACACCUGCUUAGCUGCUAACGAAGACACGGAGAAGUUAGCAGAGAUGACAAAACAUCAACUUGUGUCACACUGAACAGAAGUCCGCGAGGAACAUCUUCUUCCUGAGUGUAGCUCUGUGAUGGAGCGGGAGGAGUCAGAGCCCACCUACAUUAAAGAGGAGGAGUCAGAGCCCGCCCACAUUAAAGUGGAGGAGUCAGAGCCCGUCCACACUAAAGAGGAGGAGUCAGAGCCCAUCCACACUAAAGAGGAGGAGUCAGAGCCCGUCCACACUAAAGAGGAGUCAGAGCCCAUCCACACUAAAGAGGAGGAGUCAGAGCCUGUCCACACUAAAGAGGAGGAGUCAGAGCCCGUCCACACUAAAGAGGAGGAGUCAGAGCCCAUCCACACUAAAGAGGAGGAGUCAGAGCCCGUCCACACUAAAGAGGAGGAGUCAGAGCCCACCCACAUUAAAGAGGAAGAGGAGGAGCACAGCAUCAGUCUGGAGGCGAGUGUCCCUGUGAAGAGUGAAGAUGAAGAUGAAGAUGAAGAAGAAGGAGACGAGAUGUCAGACAGCGAGGACAGAACAUCACUUUCUGACGAUGAAGACCCUCAAGGUCACGUCAACAACACCCGCUUGAAGUGCUCUCAGUGUGACAAAAGCUUUAGUUGCAAGAAGUACCUUCGAGGACACCUGAGGAUCCACACCAGGGAGAAACCCUUCAGCUGCUCCUUCUGCGGCAAGAGAUUCAAACUGAAGGAACACGUCACCAGUCACAUGAGGAACCACGUGGCGGAGAAACCCUUUUCCUGCGCCGUGUGCAAGACCAGCUUCAGCGUGCCCUCGGCGUUGGCCAUGCACAUGAGGACGCACACGGGGGAGAAACCCUACAGCUGCCCGGCGUGCGGGGAGAAAUUCUCCCAAAAGGGGAACCUGAAGAGACACUCCAGGACGCACUCGGGGGAGAAACUCUUCGACUGCUCCGUGUGCGGGAGACACUUCUCUCAGAAGGGCCACUUGAUGUCGCACGCGCGGACGCACACGGGCGAGAAACCCUUUUCCUGCUCGGUGUGCAGCACGCGUUUCAACGUCAGGUCGGCGCUGGUGAGGCACGUGAGGACACACGCUCGCCAGACUUCCUCACAAAAAUGCUGACAACAACAAAGCAGUAUCACCUACACACUGAUAACAGCUAUCCAGUAUCACGCUGAUAACAACUAAGCAGUAUCACCUACACACUGAUAACAGCUAUCCAGUAUCACCUACACACUGACAACAGCUAUCCAGUAUCACGCUGAUAACAACUAAGCAGUAUCACCUACACACUGAUAACAGCUAUCCAGUAUCACCUACGCACUGACAACAGCUAUCCAGUAUCACGCUGAUAACAACUAAGCAGUAUCACCUACACACUGAUAACAGCUAUCCAGUAUCACGCUGAUAACAACUAAGCAGUAUCACCUACACACUGAUAACAGCUAUCCCGUAUCAUGCUGAUAACAACUAAGCAGUAUCACCUACACACUGAUAACAGCUAUCCAGUAUCACCUACACACUGAUAACAGCUAUCCAGUAUCACGCUGAUAACAACUAAGCAGUAUCACCUACACACUGAUAACAGCUAUCCAGUAUCCCGCUGAUAACAACUAAGCAGUAUCACCUACACAGAUAACAACUAACCAGUAUCACCUAGACACUGAUAACAGCUAACCAGUAUCAUGCUGAUAACAACCAACCAGUAUCACCGACACACUGAUAACAACUAACCAGUAUCACCUACACACUGAUAACAGCUAACCAGUAUCGUGCUGAUAACAACUAACCAGUAUCACCUACACACUGAUAACAGCUAACCUGCACAGUGCUGAUAACAACUAACCAGUAUCACCUACACACUGAUAACAGCUAUCCCGUAUCAUGCUGAUAACAACUAAGCAGUAUCACCUACACACUGAUAACAGCUAUCCAGUAUCACCUACACACUGAUAACAGCUAUCCAGUAUCACGCUGAUAACAACUAAGCAGUAUCACCUACACACUGAUAACAGCUAUCCAGUAUCCCGCUGAUAACAACUAAGCAGUAUCACCUACACAGAUAACAACUAACCAGUAUCACCUAGACACUGAUAACAGCUAACCAGUAUCAUGCUGAUAACAACCAACCAGUAUCACCGACACACUGAUAACAACUAACCAGUAUCACCUACACACUGAUAACAGCUAACCAGUAUCGUGCUGAUAACAACUAACCAGUAUCACCUACACACUGAUAACAGCUAACCUGCACAGUGCUGAUAACAACUAACCAGUAUCACCUACACACUGAUAACAACUAACCAGUAUCACACUGAUAAUAACUAACCAGUAUCACUUACACACUGAUAAUAGCUAACCAGUAACAUGCUGAUAACAACUAACCAGUAUCACCUACACACUGAUAACAGCUAACCAGUAUCACGCCGGUAACAACUAACCAGUAUCACCUACACACUGAUAACAACUAACCAGUAUCACCUACACACUGAUAACAACUAACCAGUAUCAUGCUAACAACUAAUGAGUACCACACUGAUCAUUACUAACUAGUAUCAUGCUGAUAAAAACUAACCAGUAUCACCUACACACUGAUAACAGCUAACCAGUAUCGUGCUGAUAACAACUAACCAGUAUCACCUACACACUGAUAACAACUAACCAGUAUCACGCUGAUAACAACUAACCAGUAUCACUUACACACUGAUAAUAGCUAACCAGUAACAUGCUGAUAACAACUAACCAGUAUCACCUACACACUGAUAACAACUAACCAGUAUCACCUACACCAGGGGUCGGCAACGCGCGGCUCCGGAGCCGCAUGCGGCUCAAUGACCACUCUGAUGCGGCUCAGCUACAUACAUGCCGACCCCCCCUGAUUUUACCAGGAGACUUAUGGAUCUCAGUGUCUCUCAUAGAUUACUCCCAGGGAAAAAAUAAUCCUAUUUACACUCUAAUUACUAAACAAAAGGGCGUGCCCUAAUUGCACUGCAGUAAUUGUCCUCCAUAGCAUUUACAUACAGCAUGCUGGUCCAGCCACAUGUUGCAUGUUGUUAUUACUUGCACACACAGGAGACAGCAAAGCAUACUUACUCAUCAGCCACACAGCUUACACUGACGGUAGCCGUAUCAAACAACUUCAACAUUGUUACGUUACAAAUAUGCGCCACACUGUGAACCCACACCAAAAAAGAA